CCAGUUAGCCACCGAGCCGAUUCUCUCUCAGGUGGAGCAGCGAGGUUUUUCUCAGUCCUUGUUUUGGGAUCCGCAGCCUCCACCGAAGCGCCAUGGCUCCAGCUAGGAAGGGCCGCAGUCGAUCAACUAAGACCAAUUCGUUGCGGAGCCGGAAGCUCGCCUCCUUUCUUAAGGACUUCGACCGUGAAGUGCAAAUCCGAUACAAGCAAAUUCAAUCAGACAGGCAGAACCUCCUGAAGGAGAUGGAUAACCUGUACAACAUCGAGAUCUUGCGGCUCCCCAAGGCGCUGCGCGAGAUGAACUGGCUCGACUACUUCGCCCUUGGAGGAAACAAGCAGGCCCUGGAAGAGGCAGCAACAGCUGACCUUGAUAUCACAGAAAUAAACAAACUAACAGCAGAAGCUAUUCAGACACCCCUGAAAGCUGCCAAAACCCGAAAAGCAAUACAAAUGGAUGAAGUGAUAGCAGAAGAAGAAGAAGAAAAUAAAAAUAAGAAUUUACAAAUUACAAGAGUUAAAAGGUGUCCUCCAUCCAAGAAGAGAACCCAGUCUAUACAAGGAAAAGGCAGAAGCAAAAGGUCAAGCCGUUGUAACACUGUUACCCCAGCUAUGAACCGACUGGAGUUGUCUAUGAUAAAACCAACGCCAGGCCUGACACCCAGGUUUGAUUCAAGAGUCUUCAAGACCCCAGGCCUGCGCACUCCAGCAGCCAGAGAGCGGAUUUACAACGUCUCAGUGAAUGGCAGCCCCCUCGCUGACAGCAAAGAGAUUUUCCUCACAGUGCCGGUGGGAGGCGGAGAGAGCAUGCGAUUAUUAGCCAGUGACUUGCGGAGGAUUGAUAUCACCCAACUGGAUCCAGAGGCCUUGGGAAGCAUUAAGAAGCUCUCUAGCCGUCUUGCCCAGAUCUGCAGCAGCAUACAGUCCCACAAAUGAGGCUGCUUUUCCAAGAAGCCAAACAGGAUGAACCUUUCAUAGGCACCUCUUGGACCCUCAAAAGACUUCUUCCCUUCGGGCUUACUAUUUGUUUGUGAUCCUCUUCGGGACUUCAGGGAGAGGGAGAGCAGGAGACACUCUGUUCCCCAGUCAUUAGAUAAAGCUUUGCUUCUGCUUCUAGCCUCAUGCCUCCCAACCCAGGUGACCCCAGACAUUGUCUGCUGCGUCCAUGAAAUCAAAACGCUGUCAUUCUCCCAGCCGAAUUCUUCCUGCCCUCUGAGCCACUGCCUCCUGUAAGUCAGAAUUCUCUCUGCCUUGCCCUACCUCCAGUGGAGGUGGAUGGAAGAACCUCAUGUUUCUGGGAAGACUGCCUACCCCCCUCAUCAGAGAACACUGCAUCUGGCACUUCUCUGUGAACGCUUGAGGCUGGGAGGCUUAGUUCAGCGAAGUGUUGUGGACUACAAGAGGGCAGAUCCAG